AUGGACCCCAAAUGCACCUGUGCCACAGAUGGACCCUGCUCCUGUGCUGAAUCCUGCAAAUGUAAAGAGUGUGAAUGCACCUCCUGCAAGAAAAGCUUCUGCUGCCCUGUGGGCUGUGAAAAGUGCUCCCAGGGCUAUAUCUGCAAAGAGGAUUCAGACAAAUGCAGAAGCUGUGCCUGA